GUGGUCGCCGACCCUCGCGCCGUCUUCCCUUUCCCCCACCCGCUCAUCCCUUCCCCCGGCGCGUCCGAUCCCACUCUCUGUCCCACCAACUGUGCCUCUCUCUCUCUCUCGCUCUUUCUUUCUCUCUCUCUCUGUCUCUCUCACACACCCUUCGUUGCUUUCGUCGUACUAUGUAUCUCGCGUGCGAGCAGUAGACAUGAAUCGACGGAUACGCGGCCGUGUCUUUGGACGAGUACGCGACCGCGUUCGUAGUAUAUACGUAUCUACGAUCUAGACUGGCUGUUAUCGUCUUCGUCGUUGUCAUUAUCGUCAUUGUCUCUUCUCUCGCUGGUAGAUUAGAGGCGUCGCACAAUCGUUGACGCGCUACCACGUUGCACGUGAUCGCCGUUCCGUUUCGUCGCACUGUCAGUGCUUUUACGACUCGGACAACUCUUUCCGAGACUCGGUGUGCUUCGCAUCAGUGUUUUCAUCGAGCAUCGCCUAUCAUCUAUUUUCUCUCUCUCUCUCUCUCUCUCGUAGUGAUGGUGACCUUUGUCUGUUGAUAUUCGACGUACGCGUUCCAAUCCAUGCCACGUGCGAUACGUCCCUGAGAAGUGAUCUAUCGGGGCUAUCGGCAUGGCAAGUAAUGUGAGACAAGGCAGUGGCAGUGCUCUAGUGUUGAUUAUAUUAUCGAUACGCCAUCGACAUCGGCCAGUCCCACUUUUAACCAGAGGAGAGACAUCGUAUCUACAACCCCCAUUUCUUCCGAGAAGUCCGGGAAAAGUAUAAUAAUCCGACGAUUUGGACUCUGAGGGUGGGGAAGAAAGUACGCGGAGGAGAGGGACAAGCUCGUUCAUAGUCGACGAUCAAUCGUCGAUCAAUCAUAAGAGGAGGGAAAGUGUGUGGUGGUCGGGGACGACGACGACACGUGGGGAUAAGAGAACUCGGGAACGUUCAACGGUUGGAUCCGAACGCGCGGUGUUUCAAUGAGACAGGGAGAUGAGGACGAGGAAGUCGUUGCUGCCGAUAGUUCUGCUGUGCGUCACGGUGGUGGGCCUGGCGAUCUGCCAGGAGAAGAGAUGGUCCAAGCCGACCACGAAGCACCGGGAUAAAAGCGCCAAGGGCAAGUACGAUCCCGAUUACGCGGACAAGACGAGGGAGGAGGAUUCCGAGGAGUCUUACUACGAUCCAAGCUUCGCCACAGGCUACAAACCUGGCUUCCUAGAUAAGCUGGCCGCUUAUAGAAACAACAGAGCCAUCGACAACUCCAGAUCCACGGAUGUCGGGUUCAAGAACAAUCAGCAGUCUAGUCAGUCGUCGAAUCUGCCCAAGCUGCACAUGAAAUCGAGCGAGGAGGUGGGACGUGAGAAGGGACGGCGAUACAAGAACGUGACUAUCGCGGACGGCAUUUGCCAGAGCAUAGAUAUCAGGAAUAGCGUUAACUUCUUCUCGAUAUUAAGGGAUUGCCGCGUUAUCGAGGGCUUCCUUCAGAUCGUAUUGAUCGAGAACAAUACCGAGGCGGAUUUCGAGAACGUCACUUUCCCGGAAUUGCGAGAGAUCACCGGCUAUUUUCUUCUGUAUCGCGUGGACGGUCUGAAGACCCUCAGCAAACUUUUCCCGAAUCUCGAGGUCAUUCGGGGUGACAUACUCCUCACGGAUUACGCCUUCAUGAUUUACGAGAUGAAGAACUUGCAAGAGAUCGGUCUCACUAGUCUGACGAGGAUCUCUCGGGGCGGUGUACGCAUUGAGAAGAAUCCCGCUCUCUGCUUCACGAAUACUUUAAAUUGGAGCCUCAUCGUGCCAGCCGGCGAGAAUUUCAUUAAAGACAACACAAAUGAACGGAAUUGCCCGCACAUGAAAGGAUGCUCUCAAUGUCCUGGCGGUUAUUGCUGGACCGCUCAACAUUGUCAAUUAUUGGAGAGGUCAGCAUGUCACGAACAAUGCCUCGGAAAAUGUUACGGUCCCAGCGACAGUGAAUGCUACGUGUGUAAACAUUUCCGACAUGACGGAAGAUGCAUCGAAAGCUGUCCGCCUAACUUAUUCGCGUAUUUGUCAAGACGCUGCAUCAGCAAGGACGAAUGCCAGAAGAUGAACCAGUUCAGAAGAUUUUCUAAAACUGAUGAAACGUGGCGGCCUUUCAACGAUUCUUGCGUCACUCAAUGUCCUGACGGUUUCGAGGAUGAUAUCGACGAGAAGAAUGCAACAACCUGUCGGAUUUGUACAGGCCAGUGCCGUAAGAUCGGAAACGGCGCUAUCAUACGUCACAUUUCGGACGCUCAGAGUUUUCGCGGUAUAACGGUGGUUAAAGGCGCCCUAGAGUUUCAAAUAAGAAACGGAAAUCCGAAUAUAAUGAACGAACUGGCGGACGCGUUUGGUUUAAUUGAGGAGAUAACAGAAUAUGUGAAGAUAACGCAUUCCUUCCCGAUCACGUCGUUGGACUUCUUCAAGAAGCUCAAGGUGAUCAAGGGUGAAAUUUUGGACAUUAAUAACGCGAGCUUCGUAGUCCUGGACAAUCCGAAUCUCUCUUCGCUCUUUCCGUCGUCUCAAAAUAUAACAAUAGAAAGAGGCAGACUAUUCUUCCAUUACAAUCCCAAGCUCUGUCUCUCAAAGAUAGAGCAAUUCGGUAAAACGGUAAACAUCACCAAUUUCACAGAUCUUGAAGUACAACCGGAAUCGAAUGGUGACAAGGUGGCCUGUAACAUUGUUAAUAUAAAUAUUACGAUAAAAAAGCGAGCCGCAGAUUACGUGGUUCUGAGUUGGGACAGCUACAAGCCAUCAGAAGGCCAACAGUUGCUUAAUUAUCUACUAAAUUAUAUAGAAACCGAGAACAAGAAUGUAAUAUACGAGGCGAAUGCUUGUGGUAAUAACACAUGGCAGACCGUAGACGUUGGUACAUCUAGCUGGAACUCGACCGUUUCGAAGCAUAUUACGAAUUUGAAACCAUACACCAACUACGCCGCGUACGUAAAAACAUUCACAGCAAGAAACAAGAAUUCCUUUAUAAGUCCGGUUGGUCAGUCGGAGAUUAUCUUCUUCCGAACGAAGAGCGCGAUACCCUCAGUGCCGACGAAUGUGAGCACGACCGUAAUAAGUGACAGCGAGAUUCUGCUUAAGUGGGCUCCGCCAGUGUAUCCAAACGGUCCCAUAGGUUAUUAUAUGAUCUCCGGUACGUUUCAACCAGAUGACGAGAAGGAUCUGAUCGAGUCCCGGGAUUAUUGCACUGACACCUUAGUCAGCGAAACCGAGAAGGAAGAGAUACACGAAGUGACGAUUAAGACUCCGCUUAUCUCGAAUCCUAAUUCCUGCUGCUUUAAAGACACGAACGCGAAGCUUGCGAUUUCUAAGCAGUUCGAGAUAUUCUGCCACAUGAAUAUGACCAUCAGUUACUUGUCACCCGGCUGGAAGGAUUAUUGCGUCUUCAAUACGUACAACUCGCCAGAUAGUAAAUUUUACGAUCUGACAAAUAAUUUGUCCUCCUCGCAAGAGAGACAGAAAACGGGAAUCAACGUCUCUUCAACCACCACAGGUAGUAAUAUCGCGAUCAAUCAUAUAGAUGACGAAGUAUUCGUAUAUAAUGUCACUGCUGGAAAUAAUUCGUAUCACUUGAAGAAUUUACGUCACUAUUCUUUAUACAUCAUCACAAUCGCCGCAUGUGGCGUGAAGAUGGAUGACGAUAUGCCGAUGUGUUCGUCUAUUCAAUACGCGAACGCUCGAACUAAAAUGCGACCGAACGCGGAUGACAUUCAUAAUGUGAAGGUCCAUGUUUCGAACGACACGAUAGUCGAAGUCAUUUGGGAAUCGGUCAAGAAUCCGAAUUCAUUCACAGUCUCCCAUACCAUUGAGUAUACGAAUUUAGACGUGAAGGACGCGAAGAAAAGCACCGAAUGCAUACGUAGAACGUACACCGGUCGUAAGGAGAGAUAUAACAAUCAUUAUAUCAAGAAUCUUAGUCCAGGUAGAUACAGUCUGAGAAUACGCUCUACUUCGCUGGCGGGUGAUGGCACCUUCACCAACGUGAUUUACUUCUCCAUCGGUCUAUCGGACCACAGUCAGAUAAUAUUGGCGACGCUGCUGACCCUAGUUGUGUUACUCGUCGCUAUAAUCGUAGUGGCGCUCCUUAUCAAGAAUCAUCAAAAGAAACGUACGCAGGAGCGAUUGAUAGCCAGUGUGAAUCCUCCAAAUUAUAUUACGGAGACCAAGUACGUCAUUGACAGUUGGGAAGUGCCGAGGGAAAACGUUGAGAUCCUGGAAGAGCUUGGUUUGGGUAACUUCGGCAUGGUAUAUCGGGGUUAUUUGCACGGCACCGUGCAAGUGGCCAUCAAGACGAUCUCCGAAAACGCCAGUCAGCGGGAGAAGAACGAGUUCCUGAACGAGGCAUCGGUCAUGAAGAACUUCUCGACGUGGCACAUCAUCAAACUCUUAGGCGUGGUCUCCAUGGGCAAUCCGCCGUUCGUCAUCAUGGAGCUUAUGGAGAACGGCGAUUUGAAGACGUAUCUACGUAGGAUACGUGACACCCAAAUGGUACCCGAUGCGUCCAGGAUAAUGAGAAUGGCAGCGGAGAUCGCCGACGGUAUGGCCUAUCUCGAAUCGAAAAAAUUUGUCCAUCGCGAUCUGGCCGCGCGCAACUGCAUGGUGUCGAAGGAUCUCGUUUGCAAGAUCGGUGAUUUUGGUAUGGCAAGGGACAUUUACGAGACCGAUUACUACAAGAUCGGCAAGAAGGGCUUGCUGCCAAUACGCUGGAUGGCGCCGGAGAAUCUUUCCGACGGUGUGUUUACGUCUGACUCGGAUGUGUGGUCUUUCGGCGUCGUUUUGUACGAGAUACUUACCCUCGCCGAGAUACCAUAUCAGGGUUUCUCGAACGAGGAGGUGUUACAUCAUGUGUUGCGCAAGGGCGUGCUACACAUACCACGUAACUGUCCAGAGACCAUACAGAAGAUUAUGGAGAAGUGCUUUAAAUGGCGGCCAAGUGAACGUCCUACCUUCAUGGAGAUUGUCGCCGAACUGGAGCCAUUUUUGAAUCAGGACUUUUGCGAAAAGUCCUUCUACCAUUCGGACGAGGGGAUCGAGAUACGCAGUCUCGGCAUCAAAAAGGUCUACCAUAAUGCCGCGCCGAUUCGAUUUCACUGGGGUCACGAGACCGCCAGAUGGGUGAAGGACUUCGAGGACAAUGUGACGCUGCUCGAUCAGAUGAAGGCGGGCACCAGUCGCGGGCGGAUCUUCAAGAAUGGUUUCCAGCACUUUGGUAAUGUAACUAACUUCGAGGACGUUCCGCUUGAUCGAUGAGAUUAGAGUUAUAUAUAAAUUAUAAGCGAAAAAAAUCUUAGCACGAGAGAAAGAUAACGCUGCUUGAAGCUCUCAUUGAUCACAAGAUCUGUGGAAGAACCUGUAGAUAUUAAUGUACAAACAAAAUACUCAGGGCAAUACGCGAGUGGUCCUGACGAAAUUGUUGGAUGAGAUAAGAUGUUACCAAGUCACUUGUUCGCCAGCGCGGCAAUAGCUCGUGUCCUUCUCUCGUUGCGGACCAAACGUAAUUAGAUCUUGACGGUGGAUAGCAAUGCGAGGAGACCUCGGGAAAGAUGGUGUUGUGUUCGUAUUUAAAUUAAGCCAUUAAAUAAUUAAAUAGAGGUAGUGUUUCUACCUUGAUCAACCUAGUGAAAAUUGCAGCUUCGCAUUUCUGUGUUUUCUUUCUCAUAAACACGCCCGGGAGCUCCGAAUCUUUUUGCCAUGUAUCGACUAUUCAUUCCUUUCAGAGUUACUUUUUUCUUUGCAUACAAGUCCUGAAGCAAUAUUCUCGAACUUCGUGCUUUAACGAUAAGAAUCGAAAAUUCACGUAAAGUAUUCUUUUACAUGUCUUUUGCAUUUCUUUCUAUAUUAAAAAAAAAAUUCUUUCACAUUUUCAUACCGGAUCAGGGAUAAUAAAUAUCGUGAUCAGGAAUAAUAAAUACCGUGAUCAGGGAUAAUAAAGCAUUAGGAUUUUUAUUCCACUUUCGAUUGAUUGAAUAUACCAAUAACGUGACUAGAAAUAUUGAUCAGAAUCUGGAUAUAUUUUCUUUUCCUUACCAUAUCAAGUAUAAAUAUGAAAUAUAUAUGGACGUCUUUAAUCAGCAUAAAGAGAAAUUUUGAAUAAAAAUGCACGAGAUGAAUACGAUAUAUAUAUAUUAAUUAUUGAUUUUAUGAGCUUAUUAUCGUCAUCAGAACACCAAUUCCGCCUCAAAUUUCUGAUUGUUUCGAGAAAUGUUGUUUCAUGAUUAACUGAAGACACACACGACGCGAAAGAAUGAUAAUUUACGUAAACCAGAGUUCCUUGUCGCACGCGCGUCCGUAAUUAUUACGGUGUAUAAUCUCAAGGUUGUAAAUAAUUACUCUACUUACACCCAGUUAUCGUAUGAUAAGUUAAUAGAACUUGAUGCAAUAUAUAGUCCCCGUAAUUAAUUUAUCAAAAGAGUUUAAAAAAAAAAAAGACAAACUUUAUCCUCGCAAGCGUAAAUAAAGUUACAAGUUUCCUCGCAAAAGUGCGGAUACCUCGUAGAUAAUUAUUGCAAUAAGAGCGUAUCUACAAUCUCUACGAUAUAUUCACAAUCUCUAUAAAAGUUUUAGUGUAGACAGGCUGAGUGGGAAGGGGAGGUGGGGAGGGGGAGGUCGUGAUGGAGCGGUCGUAAAUCAGGGAUGUUGGUCAGGUCACACGUUUAAGUUUUCUGCACGGCAUAAAAUUAUAUAGAUUUGAAGAGUGUGUUUUAGCCUCGGAUCUUCUGCAGAUACGGAAUUGGCAGUAACGUAAACAAUCAGUAGAUAGUAACGACAAAUUAGGUGAUAGAAGGAAAUGCAAUAUGUUGAAAUAACUAGGACGGAUCCUAUCAGUAUAAUUCUAUUCUAUACUUUAGUUUCUGCUUCCUUUGCAGAAUUUUUUCGUCGGUUCUUCUAUUCGUGAAUGCCAUCAUGAUUUUAUACCAAACAUUUUAUUAGGUGCAUUUAUUUGAAUCCUUCGUCAUGUCGUCGUAUCUUGGAAUUCAAUAAUCACUAUGAGCACAGAUUACAACUAAUGCUAUGGAACAUAUAUGAAGUCUGAAAUCUGAUUCGAGAGAGAUUCGAAAACAAAAUUCUCGCUAAACGGCGAACUAACAUACUUUACUGAAUAUAACUAAUACAAUAAUGAACAUGCAAAUAUCUUUGUUGGCAUAAAAACAAAUUUGCCUUUCUUCUCGCAUUUUAACUUCAAAAGAAAAAAAACACAGAAAGCAUCUCAUGUUUGUAAAAGAGAAUUAUUCCGCAAUCAAUAGACUAAUUUUUAAAUUUGAUAACUCUAAAAUCCUAAAUUCAGGAUUAUCAUAAAAAUAUAUAUAUUUCACAUAAAUUUGUAUCGCAGACUGAUCUCUCUGUUUUUAUUUAUGCAUUUUUUUA